UCAUGCUAACGUUGCUUUUGCAACCCUCUCUAGCGGCCCUUAAAAUCUUGAGCUUGAGCUUUCGAAAAUUUCUUCCAUUUUGUUCAAACGCUUUUCUUCUAGAUCUCUCGUAGUUUUCCUUUACAACAUUUCCUGGGUUUUCUUUUUUUUUUCCUUUGAAAUUCUUAAAUAAUAUUAAAAAUGAAGAACAAGGCUUCUCUCUUCCUCAAACAGAUUAUCUGUGUGUUGAGUUCUAUCGCUAAAGCCAAGUCAAUGGCCAUCAAGAACAAAACCAGCGCAGCCAGAGCUCGCUUCCUAAUGUUCUCCUUAUUGAAGAACAAGAAGCUUUUACUGGAUUCUGUUUCCCACAAGAUCCAUAGACUUCUUGGACAGCAUGAAGAGGAAAGCCAAUACGAUGCAGAUGAGCAGAGCAAGGCCAUAGUUCUGUACAAUGCCAUGGCAAGCGAGUCGAGUCACACCCAUCUGGUGGAGAGGGUGGAAGAAGAUGGCGGCAACGAUGAUAAGUAUCCAGAUCCAAGGCGUUCGUUAUUUGAUGGAAAGGAUGAUCUCGACUCUGAUCAGGAUGACGAGGGUGGGUACUCCAUCAUUGAUAUGGUGAGGAAUUCCAAAGAGGAAGGGGAGAAUUUCAGCCUGGAAGAUGAGAUUGAUGAUGUUGCAGACUUGUUCAUCAAGAGGUUCCAUAAACAGAUGCGAUUGCAAAAGCUGGCAUCAUUCAAGAGGCUCCAAGCGAUGAUGGAGAGAGGUCUUUAAUCAAUACUGCAUGCAUGCUUGUACGAGCUGGAGGAACGGGAAACCAUAUGCAUUAAUAUUAAUUUAUAUAAUGUUUUGUUGGGAGCUUAUUUUGCUCA